AUGAAUUUAUUUAAAAAUAAAAAGGAUAUAUAUAAUGAUGAUUUUCAAGCCAAUUUUGUAUUGCCCCCGGGAGACAAAGUCAAAGGUGAAAAACUAUUCAAAAAACAUUGUAAGCAAUGCCAUUCAAUAGCACCAGAUAAUAGCCAAUCUAAUUCGGGAUUUACCAGUUGGGGGCCUUCUUUAUUUAAUGUAUAUAAUAGAACAGCGGGGAUGAGCAAAGGGAAUUCGCCAUUUCAAGUUUCACCAGAUAUGGAAACAUCCGGAAUUAUAUGGAAUGAUGUAAAUCUAAUGAGAUAUAUGAAAAAUCCAAAACAAUUUGUUGAGGCAAAUAUUGGUAUGAACUUCAAAGGAAUUGCAAAUUUUCAAGAUAGAGUUGACAUUGUUCAUUAUUUAAAAACGAUAACUUAUGAUGACCCUCAUGGGCAAGAAAUAAUAAAAAAAUAUUCCAAUAAAUCGAAAUAA